GGCGCGAAGGCGACCUCCGACUGAUAAGAACCACGCAUGCGCGGGCCACUUAUUUCGGCAAUCAUGUGUUACUAAAUUCGUGUUGAUAAGGUUCUGUUCUGAUGUGUUGAUAUGAUGGCAUGAUUAUUGUCUGCUAGAAUAGAAUUACAAUGAAACAAUAGAGUCACGCUGGUACAUAUUCACUAAGGACUAAAACAUUCUGAUAUAUUGGAUACAAUACAAAAAUGACGACUGCCAUGUCAGUGGGCCGGAGGCUCCUCUCCGCCCUCGCGCUGCUCCUGGUCUUCGGCGCGGCAGUUGCCAUUGGUUUCAUGGUCAACUUUAUCGUCCUUUCCACGAACACCAUGUACUACCAGCACACUGACUUCGGUGCAAUGAUGGGGAAGCACUACACCAUAAAGAAGGACAGGUCCGUGGACAUCAAGAGCGCUAAUGGAACAACGGUCGGCCACGGCCAACUGGGAAUCGGCCUUCCAGUCACGGCAACAUCAACGAAAUGUCACAGCGGUCAGGAUUCACAUUGCAUGUAUUGGCCAAACAAGGCGAGGUUAAAGGUCACAGAUUCUGCUGACGGGAACUGUUAUACGAUGUCGUGGUUAAGUUACGCGCGUGACGUCACGGAAAUCCGCGAUUGCUAUUCGCUGAACGGUAGCCACUGGUAUGGCGGGGCACAGAUUAGGAAACAGUAUUGGCCGAUUGAGAAGUGGAAUCAUAAGUUGGAGAUGUUUAUAGCGGGAGAUUCAUUUAAAGAUGAUUAUGGUGGCGUUUUGGAGCGAUACUGGCUUUCCUCUGCUGGGUUUGCCAUCGCAUCUCCGGUGGAUGUGCCGUUGUUUGUAAGCAUUAACGCGAGCAAUGACGGGCAGCUCUGCCUGGCGGGGAGAUUCGAAGGAUCUUUGUAUAGAAACAUCAACAACACAUACCCAUAUCUAACUUACUCAAUUUGUCACGGUGACGAUCUUAAAUCUUUGCAUUUAUAUAUGAUAAACAAUUUCUUUAAAAAACCAACCAAUAUUCCAGAUACCCGGAUGUUUACACAUCCAAUAUGGUCGACUUGGGCACAGUUCAAAAAGAACAUCAACCAAUCAAUGGUGUUGGAAUUCGCCCGGAAAAUUCGCGCGAAUAAUUUUACACACUCACAACUGGAGAUCGAUGAUGAUUGGACGCCACAUUACGGUGAUUGGCGCUUUAACCCGUCCAAAUUUCCGGAUGCAAAAGGAAUGAUCACGCAACUUAAAUCCAUGGGAUUCCGAGUGACGGUUUGGGUGCACCCCUUCGCGAACCUCUUAUCGGACGCGUUCAUCCACGGUGUUGAGGAAGGUUACUGGGUGAAGAACGAUUUAGGGGCACCUGGGUUGUCAGUGUGGUGGGACGGGAUUGGUGGGCUUCUUGACGUCACGAAUAAGAAGGCUGUUGAUUGGUUCAGAGAAGAUCUGCGUAAUCUUACGUCAGAUUAUGGCGUCAAUUCGUUCAAAUUUGACGCUGGCGAAAGAAGUUGGUUGCCGUUUGGAUUCAAAUUUCAGAAGGAAUACCUCAACCCAGACAUCUAUGCCACUUUGUACGCGGAACUCGCAUACGACGCUGACCCGUCUGUGAGACACCAGGAAGUCAGGGUCGGCGCGCAUUCUCAACAUUUGCCAAUAUUCGUACGCAUGAUGGAUAAAGAUUCCAACUGGGGUUACGAAAAUGGCUUGAAAACUAUCAUCCCUGAUGCCCUGACCUUCGGCCUUUUAGGUUACCCUUUCGUUCUUCCUGACAUGAUUGGUGGAAACGCCUAUGACUCGGGGUCUCUUUCUGGAAACGUAUACCCGGACCGAGAACUGUACAUUCGCUGGGUGGAAUUGAACGCCUUUUUACCUUCAUUGCAAUUUUCUAUCACGCCUUGGUUAUACGAUCAAGAGGUUAUAAAUAUUUGUAAAAAGAUGGUGGAUUUGCAUAUAAAAUAUUCACCUACGAUAAUCUCGCUUGCGCAAGAAGCUACGAGAACUGGUGCACCAAUCAUUCGACCGCUUUGGUGGGUGGCACCAAACGACCAACUCGCGCAGACGAUUGAUUCUGAGUUUCUUUUGGGUGACGACAUCUUGGUCGCGCCCAUUCUCGACCAGGGGGCCACAUCACGUGAUAUUCAUCUUCCUAGUGGGUUAUGGAGAGAUGAACUGUACAGCCGCAAUCUUGUCGGUGGAAUGAACUACCCAGAUUUUCAGGUAAAGUUACACCAACUUGCCUACUUUACGAGAAUUAAAGAUUAGAAGACUUUGUUUAUAUUUUACUUGACAAUCAAACAUAUUCCAACUUGUACGCAUCAAUUGUAUACAAGCAAUGCACGAGUAUGCAUGCAUGAAGCAUGCAUUAUGAUUGACUAUUGGCGUCGCCUGGCGUUAGAAAUAUGAACCAGAUUUAGUUGGACCAACAGUAAAUAUAUGUGAACGAACGGCGCACCCCGUGUGAUGACUGAUAUUCUAGAACAACAAUAAGUCCGACAAACUACAUGUACAUGUACACGUACAUGCGUACGCCAACAUAAUAAUAUGAUGAAAUUGCUGAUUGAGGGGCCACUUUGCCUGUCUUGGCGACUUGCUAAAGAGACAUAUGGCUAGGAGGGAAUUAAUGGCCAUCAUUUGUCUAAUCUUCGUAUAUAUUAUGACCAGGUUUUCCCAGGGGUGAUCAUUUUCUAAGAAGCGAAGGGUCGCUUUGGCCGCGUAGAAUAUUAGGCAGCCCUCACGAAGAGCUACGAACGACGCCUACGUAAUGUACUUUUUCGACCACUUUUUGAAAAAUGAAUCGCAUUCCUCGUUAAAAAAAAGAUGAUUUACGGGAGUCACGAACUGAAAUGAAUUAGCACAUGACUUGGUGACAAUACUGAACAGGCCUUCCUAGUUCGUCGUCACGCACCUGUAAUAAAGUUUUAAACCGUUUUCAACAUAAAUCAGUACUACAUGUAUCUACAUGCUUUUUCCGAGACACACCACGGGAAACGCUUUUCACAGCCAGAUAUACCUAUCCUGGCCUGUCACACCCUGAAAAACAUUUUCGUUGUACGCUGAUAAUUUCAGGGUUUGGGGGGUCUGAAGAUAGAGGGGGGAUUUUUUACGGCUUUUAACCCGCGAAUUAGCUUUUUCAGCACGAUGGGUAAAUUUGAGCCCAAACCACAAGAGUAAGCCUGAAAAAGGACUGAAACGUCAAGGCUGUCUCAUGGUUGUCAAUGGUUGAGCAUGCAGGGCGUGUCCAACUGCAGACCGAUCCGGACAGCAGUUCUGACCUCACCGCUAUCGCUGCGAUUUUUACUGAAUCUCGCCUGUGGUUCAGUAUGGUGGUUAUGUUUGCCACUUUCCUUACACUACCUUUAUCUCGUCUUUUAUAUGUUUUUUUUCAGAAUUUUGGCAGACAACAAGCCUGUAAAUACAAAUACGGGUAAUAACAAAUCAUGUUCCAGUGUUUUACAUAGAUAUAAAUUACGGUAUUAAUAUUGUAAAUACAUGUAAUUUACUCAAUAAUUUUUACGAUGCCUGGGACAUUUUUAAAUCCAUUAAAGAUACAUGCAUUGUAAUCGCCUAAGUUUGCGUUGUUUUUAUGAUAUUCCUUGCGUGUCAAAAUGUAAAUGAUGACGGAGAAAGAAGAAAUAAAAAUUGUCAAAUAAUCUAUUCUGAAACACCAGAGCGAGUCAUGAAAUUCCCACGAUAAAGUCUAGCAUCGCCAUAACCAGUCAUUGAUGAAAGAUUUUUAAUUGAAGUACAAUGUAUGUUGAACAAGAGUCUUUCAAUAAAUGAAAGACUCUGAUCGACCUGAAAUCACUUCUAUAAUGUACGUAAGGUGUAAUAGUUUGUGAUCUAACUCCUCCGUCAGUUUAGAUCGACAACAAAACUUCUCCUGAAAGACGAGAUUAAUUCAGAGUAGGCCUUUGUCUUUGCGGGCUUUAAUUUUGGAAUUCUGGAGCGAUUAUUGAGAAAUUGCAUUUUUUGUUGC